AUGGCCGUGAGAUUCCAGGUGUUGGACAUGGAGGAGCUGACCAUUUGGGAACAACACACAGCCACGCUCUGCAAGGACCCCCAGCGAGGCUUUGGCAUUGCGAUCUCUGGCGGCCGAGACCGGCCCAGUGGGUCUGUGGUUGUGUCUGAUGUGCUGCCCGGGGGACCAGCGGAGGGCAGACUUCGGUUGGGGGACCACAUCGUCAUGGUGAAUGGGGUCUCCAUGGAGAGUGUCACCUCCACCUUUGCCAUUCAGAUACUCAAGACCUGCACGAAGUUGGCCAACAUUACGGUGAAGCGUCCCCGGAAGAUCCAGCUGCCUGCCACCAAGACCGGCCCCUCUAGCCGGGGCCAUCGGGACUCUGACGAGGCCGACCACGGCCGCGGCUAUGAAGGGGACACGUCCAGUGGCUCCGGCCGCUCCUGGGACGAGCGUUCGCGCCGGCCAAGGGCGGGCCGCCGGAGCCGGGCUGGCAGCCAUGGGCACAGGAGCCCCGGGGCGAGCUCUGAGGCCAAUGGGCUGGCCCUGGUGUCUGGCUUCAAGCGGCUGCCGCAGCAGGAUGUGCACAUGAGGCCCGUGAAAUCCGUGCUGGUGCGGAAGCGAGAGAGCGAAGAGUUCGGGGUCACCCUGGGCAGUCAGAUCUUCAUCAAGCACAUCACCGAUUCGGGCCUGGCCGCCAGGAACCGUGGGCUGCAGGAAGGUGACCUCAUCCUACAGAUCAAUGGUGUGUCCAGCAAGAAUCUGUCUCUGAGCGACACGCGGCGGUUGAUAGAGAAGUCAGAAGGGAAGCUGACUCUCCUGGUGCUCAGAGACCAAGGGCAGUUCCUGGUGAACAUCCCACCGGCCGUCAGCGACAGCAACAGUGACAGCUCCCUCCUGGACGACAUCUCGGACCUCGGCUCGGAGCUGUCCCAGGCGCCGCCCUCCCAUGUCCCACCGCCACCCCGGCACGCGCGACGGAGUUUGGACGCCAGCCAAACCGACUCCCCCGAGGAGAGCCCCCCACCUCAGCGGGAAAAUUCAGUGGAUUCCAGAACCGUCUCGGAAACAGACUGCUGUUCCCUUUCAGACUCCCCGAGGCCAAGUAGCUACGACAUCUACAGGGUGUCCAGCAGCCAGAGCGUGGAGGACCGCGGGUACAGCCCCGACUCCAGGGUCGUCUGCUUUCCCAAGGGCACAACCAUCGGGCUGCAGCUGGCUGGGGGCAAUGACGUGGGCAUCUUCGUGUCGGGGGUGCAGGAGGGCAGCCCGGCUGACAGGCAGGGCAUCCAGGAGGGAGAUCAGAUUCUGCAGGUGAAUGAUGUGCCAUUCCGGAACCUGACCCGGGAGGAGGCCGUGCAGUUCCUGCUGGGGCUGCCACCGGGCAAGGAGGUGACGCUGGUGACACAGCGGAAGCAGGACAUCUUCCGCAAAAUGGUGCAGUCCCGCGUGGGCGACUCUUUCUACAUCCGCACGCACUUCGAGCUGGAGGCCAGCCCGCCGUCGGGCCUGGGCUUCACCCGCGGGGACGUCUUCCACGUGCUGGACACGCUGUACCCCGACCCUGGGCAGAGCCGCGCCCGCGGGGGCCACUGGCUGGCGGUGCGCAUGGGGUGCGACCUCCGGGAGCAGGAGCGGGGCAUCAUCCCCAACCAGAGCAGGGCGGAGCAGCUGGCCAGCCUGGAGGAGGCCCAGCGCGCCGUGGGGGCCGGGCCGGGUGCCUCCGGGGGCUCCAGCGCGAGGGCCGAGUUCUGGCGGCUGCGGGGCCUUCGGCGCGGAGCCAAGAAGACCACCCAUCGGAGCCGCGAGGACCUGUCCGCUCUGACCAGGCAGGGGCACUACCCGCCCUACGAACGCGUGGUGCUGCGAGAAGCCAGCUUCAAGCGCCCGGUGGUGAUCCUGGGGCCCGUGGCAGACAUCGCGAUGCAAAAGUUGACUGCUGAGAUGCCUGACCAGUUCGAAAUCGCAGACAGUGUGUUGAGGACGGACAGAGCCUCCAAGAUCAUCAAGCUGGACACCGUGCGCAUGAUCGCGGAGAAAAACAAGCAUGCGCUCUUGGAUGUGACGCCGUCGGCGAUCCAACGCCUCAACUACGUGCAGUACUACCCCAUCGUGGUCUUCUGCGCCCCCGAGAGCCGCCCGGCCCUCAAGGCCUUGCGCCAGUGGCUGGCGCCCGCGUCCCGCCGCAGCUCGCGCCGCCUCUACGCGCAAGCCCGGGAGCUGCGGAAGCACAGCGAGCACCUCUUCACCGCCACCAUCCCCCUGCAUGGCACGAGUGACGGCUGGUACCAGGAGCUCAAGGCCAUCAUCCGUGAGCAGCAGACCCGGCCCAUCUGGACCGCGGAGGACCAGCUGGACGACUCCUCGGACGACAACCUGGAGCUCCCGCACGGAGUCCUGGCGGACAGCUCUGCGGAUCUGAGCUGUGACAGCCGGGUCAACAGCGACUAUGAGACAGACGGCGAGGGCUACACAGACGGCGAGGGCGGGCCCCACACGGACGUCGACGAGGGUCCCCCAGCGCCAGCUCUGGCCCGGUCCUCGGAGCCCGUUCUGGCGGAUGAGCCCCAGAGCCUGCAGGAUCAUGGGAGAGUCUCCAGUCCCCAAAGGGCCCAGGUGGACAGCCACCCCCACCACGGUCAAAGGCGACAGGACAGUGUGCGGACAUAUGGGCGGGAAGCCCUGAAGAAAAAGUUUACACGAGCUCGAGAUAUGGAAUCCUCUGAUGAGGACGGCUAUGACUGGGGUCCGGCCACUGACCUGUGA